UAACUUAUCAGCUGUUCGGUGUUUAUCACUAAAAGAAAAAAAAAAAUUAUGGAAUGUGCAGCUCUGCAUGCUAAUGAAACAGCAGAGCCAACUCAGUAGUUUUGAGAAGAUUUGCAAAUGAGAAGAAGAAUGAUCUUCAGUUUCUGACCUCCUGGCACGGCAGCAGCAUUUAUCAGGAGGCACAUGUGACUGGGUUUUCCAAAGUACUUACUCAAGUUGGACAAACCAGUUUUACAAACUGCUUCCCCAAUGCAUUUCCCAAUGAUAAUACCUGCCCUUACAUUUCCUUCAGACCUGGAAAUCUGCUUGAAAAUAAUAGAGUUUCCUUGAAGUGCAACUAAGAACAGAGACUACCUAACAUCACCAGCUUGCAUGAUUAUGGAGAUGGUUUAUCUGAUGUUGAAAAUGUCCAUAGUUUUUUGACAACAGCUGAACAACCAUGGGGUCAAGUGGACUUGGAAAAGCAGCAACAUUAGAUGAACUGCUGAUCACUUGCAUCGAGAUGUUUGGAAUUCAUCUAAAUUGGGAAAGCAGUUGCAGGUGGGUGCAAAGGAAACAAAGGUCAAGAACAUUUUCUUUAACCAGAGCACGUAUCAAAAUGCCAGUGGAGAAAGGUGCAAUGAAUUUCGAUUAAAGAUCUGCUACUUCAUGAGGUACUGGAUUCUGAAGUUUCCUGCAGAGUUUAAUUUGGAUCUUGGUUUGAUUCGUAUAACUGAGGAAUUUCGGGAAGUAGCUAUUCAAUUAGGAUAUGAAAAACACAUCAGCCUCAUCGACAUAUCCAGCAUUCCUUCCUAUGACUGGAUGAGAAGAGUCACACAGAGGAAAAAAGUAUCCAAGAAGGGAAAAGCCUGUCUGCUGUUUGACCAUCUGGAGCCCAUUGAAUUGGCUGAGCACCUCACUUUUCUGGAGCAUAAAUCUUUUAGACGGAUCUCAUUCACCGAUUACCAAAGUUACGUCAUCCAUGGCUGCCUAGAGAAUAACCCAACCUUGGAGAGAUCUAUUGCUUUAUUUAAUGGAAUCUCUAAGUGGGUCCAGUUGAUGGUUCUUAGCAAACCAACACCCCAGCAGAGGGCAGAGGUCAUCACGAAGUUUAUCAAUGUUGCAAAGAAGCUCCUUCAGCUCAAAAAUUUUAACACCUUGAUGGCAGUGGUGGGCGGCCUAAGUCAUAGUUCCAUUUCACGCCUCAAAGAGACCCACUCUCAUCUUUCUUCAGAAGUUACAAAGAACUGGAAUGAAAUGACAGAGCUGGUUUCUUCCAACGGCAAUUACUGCAACUACCGCAAGGCCUUUGCAGACUGCGAUGGCUUCAAAAUCCCCAUCCUUGGAGUACACUUGAAAGACUUGAUAGCAGUCCAUGUCAUUUUCCCAGACUGGACAGAGGAGAACAAAGUGAACAUUGUGAAAAUGCACCAGCUUUCUGUUACCUUGAGUGAACUGGUCUCCCUGCAGAAUGCUUCUCACCACUUAGAGCCCAACAUGGAUCUGAUCAACCUGCUCACGCUUUCUCUGGACCUCUAUCACACUGAAGAUGAUAUUUACAAACUGUCACUGGUGCUGGAGCCCAGGAACUCUAAAUUGCAGCCUACCUCCCCUACAACGCCCAACAAGCCUGUGGUGCCCCUGGAGUGGGCAUCAGGAGUGAUACCAAAGCCAGACCCCACAGUCAUCAACAAGCACAUAAGGAAAUUAGUCGAGUCUGUGUUUAGAAACUAUGAUCAUGACCAUGAUGGGUACAUCUCCCAAGAAGACUUUGAAAGUAUAGCUGCCAACUUUCCCUUCUUGGAUUCCUUCUGUGUGCUGGACAAAGAUCAGGAUGGCCUAAUUAGUAAAGAUGAAAUGAUGGCUUACUUCCUGAGAGCGAAGUCUCAACUCCACUGUAAAAUGGGACCAGGAUUUAUCCAUAAUUUUCAGGAGAUGACCUAUCUCAAGCCAACCUUCUGUGAACACUGUGCAGGAUUUCUCUGGGGCAUAAUCAAACAAGGAUACAAAUGCAAAGACUGUGGAGCCAAUUGUCACAAACAGUGCAAAGACCUCCUGGUUCUGGCCUGCAGAAGGUUUGCACGUGUAUCCUCCCUGGGCAGUGGUCAUGGGUCGCUGCCUGGAAGCCCCUCGCUGCCCCCAGUGCAGGAUGAGGUGUUUGAGUUCCCUGGGGUUGCUGCUGGACACCAGGACCUGGACAGCAGAGCCAUCACACUGGUUACAGGCUCCUCUCAAAAGAUCUCUGUGCGACUACAGCGGGCCACCACCAGCCAGGCCACCCAGACUGAGCCUGUAUGGUCAGAGGCUGGCUGGGGAGACUCAGGGUCUCAUACCUUCCCCAAAAUGAAAUCUAAGUUCCAUGACAAAGCAGCAAAGGACAAAGGCUUUGCCAAGUGGGAAAACGAGAAGCCCCGGGUGCAGGCUGGUGUGAAUGUUGUAGACCGGGGUACUGAGUUUGAACUUGACCAGGAUGGAGCAGACAUGAGUGAGGCCAGAGAGGACGGUGAGGAUGGCUGACUUCAUCCAUUCUGAGGAAACUGAAGGCAUUGAUACUGGCUUUUGAAAGGAGCAAGAUGAGAAACUCUGAAGAACACUCCAACUCUCAAGAAGUUAUGCGGAAUGAUCU